UUGUUUUGUUUUUCAUUUUGCAGAUAUAAUAGUGAAUUAUUUUUACUUAAAAAUUUUUAAGAAUAAUAAGAAAAAGAGGGUCAGUGACUUUGCAUCUUUGCGUCUUCUACCUAUUUUCUAGAAUUAGGAAAAUGACACCCAAGUUUAUGUGUGCAAUUGCAAAGUAGUGAACUAAUGAUAAGUUCUGAGCCAGUCAUAGCUCUGGAGACUGAGUCACAUCUAUAGACUGUUUUCCUAAAGCUCAGUACCCAAUAUACUCUUCAGCCAAAUUGCUGUAAAGAUACUGGCAUCAUCUGGAAGACAUUGGAGACAAAACAUUUUUAUUACCUUAUACAAGAUUAUGAUGCAUUGGGAUAUUGGCAUUAUGAAAUAGCACCUGAAAAUGUACUUCAAUUCUGAUGGCCACUUCUUUUUUUUAAAUUAAAAUUUUUUUGUGUUUGUGAUGGAUGGGGUCAUGACCACUUCUUAAGAAAAAUUAGGCAAUUAAACAACCAGGAGAGGUUACUCCAGGAGGAGCAGAGAGUAUUUCAGCUUGAAAUGAGAUUGUGUUUUAGGAAAAUUAAAGCCUAAUAUAAUGCGAUUUAAAUAAAGCAAUCAUUGAGUAGAUAGGUACAUUUUGAAAAAUGGGUCUGUUUACCAAAUUUAGGGUAUACUGCCUGACCAGGGAGUGUUAUGAAGUUCAUUACAUGGAUUUAGAAGAGAAGAAAGGAAGCACUAUGUCUCCCCCCAGAGGGUGGUCAAUUUAGGGACCCAGUAUCCCAAGUAUAAGGUGAAAAUGAAGAAUUAAAAAAGGUUUACAUAAACGUAUGGAUGUUUUGUUCAUGUGAAUUAUAGGAGCUUAUCUUAACUUUUUGUAAUUGAAGGAAAACAUUUACAUCAUGUAGUGACUCAAAAUAUUUGACUGAAUAGACCAAGAAGAUCGUGACUCAAAGUGAGAAGUCUCAUGAACAAAAAACAAUCCUUGUUAUAUCUCUUCCUUCCCUUUCAAUAUAAAAGAAAAGGAAUUUUUAGUUGCAUAAAAGUGGUGGAAAAAUUAUAUGACUUGAAAGCUUUAGGGUUCAUAUUGAAGAUUAUAUAAAUGCCAACUAAUAAGGAGAAAAGGUGAGGCUCAGAAACCUAGCAGAAAUUUUGUGUAAAGUCUAAAUUGAACAAUCAUAAAAGUGUGAACAUAUUAUUACAAUGAAGGCUGUAAUAUUAUGAUUUAUUAAUGAUAAAAGUAAAAUAAGGUUUCAUAUACUUUAGAAGUCUAGCAUAUAAAUUGGUCACUAAAGUUGCUUAUCAAAAAUUAAAAUUAGUGUAACUGAUGUGAUUCUGCAGUCUGUAUAUGGGGUAAAAAUGGGAGUUCAUAACCCACUUGAAUCAAAGUGUGAAAUAUGAUAUGUCAAGAACUAUGUAAUGUUUUGAACAACCAACAAUAAAAAAUUAAAAAAAAAUUAAAAUUAAAAUGGAUAAUAAAAUUAGAAAGGAAACUGAAUAAAAAGUUAAUUCAAGACCUAAGUAUUUAAAAUUUCUACUGAUUUCUUUCUCAUCUUUCAAGCAUUUUUUUUAAUUGCAGUGAUACAGGAUGGAUUUUAGAUCUCGUUGAAAGUAGCCAUAUCCAUGGACCACAUAGUCUUCAAAAGCAGUGAUCUCCUCCUCCAACUUUAUCAUUGUCAAGUACACUCUGGAUUUGAAGUUUUAAAUUUCCAUAUCCCACCAGAACUAGUUGAGAGGAGUCUAGAUAGAGCCUUCUGUUUGAAUGCUUCUGAUGUGUCCCUCUACUUUUGCUACAGCUGUCUCAUCCUCCUGAGGUUUCAUGUCGAGUAAAAGUUGCAGGUUGGAAGGAGACCCCUUUCUUGCUCAUUUGCCCAAGCAACUAAACAUGGGUGUUAGUUCUAAUGUCUGAUUUUUCAAGCUGCUUUAGAAAAGUGGAACUAUCAUAUAAGAAAUGUAAGUUCCUUUUAGAAAAAGAAAACUGGCCUUUCCUCAUUUCCUCAUGGUACUGAAAACUUGUGGCCCUUAACCAAGCCCAUGUAGUAAUUUUCUGUAGUAUAAAUAGACUGGUCUAGAGUAUGGGUUAAUGUUUUUCCUCCCUUAGUUAGAAUAUAAUUUAUUCAUUUCACCUUUACCUUAUCAAAGGAAAUCUUUUAAUUGCUUUGAAAAUAACUACAGUGCUUAUCUUGAUAGUUUCUAAGUCAUGCUUUUAUUGUCUUUCUGAUGAACAUUCUCUAGACAGCAUAGUAUUACAUUAGCAUCCAUUCAACUAAUAGUUGCAGUUUCACUAACGUCUUAGUGGUUAAUUAUAAUAAUGAAUUAAAUCUAGCACAUAUUGAAUGUCUACAGUAUGUUAAAGUACUAUGGUCUGGUUUAAAACUUAUUUUUAGGACAAGGGUAUGAAUUUUUGAUAGUGUUAAUAGAUCUAAUAGUACAAUUAUAAAUUCACUGGCAUGUUAUAUAAUUGGGCGUUUUCAGUUUCUUAUAGGAGCUAAUGUAAUUGUGCACGGCAAAUGUUUGGCAGUUCUUCAUAUUACCCGCUAGGUAGAUUUGUGCUAGUCUUAACUUCCUUUUCAUGAUGUAUUAUUAUUAUCAAUUAUUAUUAUCAAUACAAUGAUGUAUUAUUAUUAUCAAAAUCUAAUUUGUAGUAUUUUAAUACUUUGGAUCAAUCUGAGUCUUCUUAGCUGGUAAAAUACUAUUUUUCACUAUAACACUAUUUAUAGGUAUAGUGGAAUGAGUCUAAAUGAUGUGAGAAUUCAUUUUUUAAAAUCUUGUAGAAAAAAAUAAAAUCUUGUAGCAAAUUUCCAAUUUCUUGCAGCCAUCAGAAGGUAGUAAGUAUUUAUAUGUUUAUGGUGCUACACAACUCAAAUGGUUCUUCUGAGGAAUAAAUAUAAAAUAUUUAAAGGGAAUACUACUGAUGUACUUUUGAAAAAUUUCAUAUAGCUGUUAAGCAAAUUCUGAAUAUUGGACAAGUAGCAAUAAUGAUUUAGAAAAAUAAAUUUCAGUUAAAAAUGUCUUGCUUCCCUCCUCCCCAGGAAUGAAAGUAAAGAUUUUUGAAUUAGAAAUAUGAAUUUAGAAUCAGAAUAAGUAUUGCCUAUGAUAUGAAAUAUUAUUAUGAUUUAUCAGGUAGAAAUUUAAUUAACAUUUUUCUUAAAGCAAAACACUCAAGUUAUGUAUAUAUUCACCUGAGCAAAGUCUAACAUCCCUCUCUUUCUUCUCUUUCCCCAUUCUUUUCCCUUCUUUUUUUUAAACUUGAAAGCUAUGCUAAAAGUAAUAAUUUGAGUUUUCUUAAGAUUUGGAAAUUAUUUAUUCUGAAUGUAAAGAACAUUUAACUCCUCAGUGAUCUAAAUCAGACCACUAUCAUCACUAUCACUAUACUGUUUUGUACUUACUGAGUGAAAUUAAUCCAUCAGGGAACUGAAAUUAGUGAUUUAACUUUAAGGUUUAUUUCUUCAGGAAACGUGUCUAUAAUUUUAUACCUACAGUACCGUAAUUCCUGGGAUAUUUUUAAAAAACUGAUAAAAUUUUGUGAUGAAUUUACAUAUAAUCAGCUUCCUACCAAACACAUUUCUAUCAUAUGCUAUAUUAAAACUUAUUCUAUUGGAUGUAUUCCAUAGAAACUUUAAUUAAAUUGGUGGUUUUCAAUUGUUAGAAUUCUAGUAAAAUGCUGGGUAUAACUAUUAUAUUUCUAAUGAAGUUUAUAAAAAUGGUGGAUCCUUGUGAAACUAUUGAGUUACCUAUCACCCAUCACCAUAAAUACAAAUUUAUAAUUUGACUUAACUCUAGGUUUAAUCUUUAGAUUUCUUUAUAGGGAUCCAAUAUUUGUUUUUGAUUGUUCUGUCAGAUAAAUCUAGUUUUUAGACUCUUUUCCCUAGAAAAACCUAAAGAAUACUCAUUUACUUGAAUGUCUGUAAGAUUAUCUGCAAGUACAAUCAGGGAGAAAGAAUAUUUGUUAGGGACUCAGAGAAACAAAUUUUAGCAUUUAAUUUUGAGAAAAAAUAAUCUUAUGUUUACUUGGUAGGAAUAAGGAUAUUGCAAGUAACGGUCAAAAUGCAUUGAAAUUCUUGAAGAUUUAAUCUAUAGAAAUGUAAAGAAUUAUAUGAUUUUUUAAAAUUUCUGACCUUUCUUUCAGGGAUUUAUUGCAUUCAUCCAUUAAUAGUUUUUAAGUCCUGUCCUUAUAGAAAUAUAAAUAGAAAAAUAUCACCCUCUCAAGAUCAUUCAGUUGUAGAACAUUUCUGUAUUUGGGGACUAUAAUAUAUUAAGAUGUAGGAGGGAAGAACUUUUUUUUUUUUUGCUCUUGAGAUUUAUAGGAAAAGAGGGACUAGUCUAUGGAAUGGACCUGAAACAAGACUAAUGGGAAUUUAAACAAUUUCAAUAAUUAAAAGUACACUGAAUCUAAUGAGGUCUGACACUUGGUUUUUCUAAAAUGCAUUAUCCACCUCAAUUUUGUUUUUCUUCUCCACUUUCCACAGGAAACCAGUUUCCUCCAAUUGCAGCGCAGGACCUUCCUUUCAUCCUGAAGGCUGGCUACCUUGAAAAACGCAGAAAAGAUCACAGCUUUUUGGGAUUUGAAUGGCAGAAACGGUGGUGUGCUCUCAGCAAAACAGUGUUCUAUUAUUAUGGAAGUGAUAAAGACAAACAACAGAAAUGUGAAUUUGCAAUAGAUGGCUAUGAGGUCAGAAUGAAUAACACUCUUAGGAAGGAUGCAAAGAAAGAUUGUUGCUUUGAAAUCUCUGCUCCUGAUAAACGGAUGUAUCAGUUUACAGCAGCUUCUCCCAAAGAUGCUGAGGAAUGGGUGCAGCAGCUGAAAUUUGUAUUACAAGAUAUGGAAUCUGAUAUUAUUCCUGAGGACUAUGAUGAAAAAGGAGAAUUAUAUGAUGACGUUGAGCAUCCUCUACCAAUCAGCAACCCACCAACAAGUGGGCAGCCAGUAGACGAUGAAAUUUAUGAGGAACUUCCAGGUAUUAUCUGGUGAUUCAUUUAAGAUAUUUGGGCUCUUUUUGCACAUGCGUGCGUGUGUGUGUGUGUGUGUGUGUGUGUAAUUUGUCAUCAAGUUGACACUUGAGUAGAAAAUGGUGAGCUAUUAGGAACAAGGACAAAGAAAAUCUUCAAAACCCUAUUUUACAUAAAGGGUUCUGCUUGAGGUAUUUCAAGCGAGUGGAUGUUCGCUUACAAAAAGUGAAUGGAACAUUAAAAUGAAGCAGAUAUAGUCCUAAUCUCUUAGGACUUUUGGCUCAUUAGCAUUGUUUAUGCUACAUAAUUUUUUAAUUAAAAAAUUGACUUGCCUUACAGUUUUUUCCACCAACUCACACAUCAUUUUUUAUUUAUACAUCUUGGAACUUCCAUUAACCAGAAGUUCCAUGCACACCCCAUAUGUCAUCAACUUCUGUCUCCUCUUCCUCCUUGCUGUAGUGUGUCCCAUUGUUUUGGAGGAAUGCUGAUGAGCUAUAAACACAGGCCUUUUGAGGCUUGAAGUCUUCUUUACUGAUAUUUUUAGCAUCAAUAUGAAAUGAAAGGUUUCUUACUGUAAAUUCUCAGGCCUGGUGUAGUGUUCAGAUGCCUCAGUAUCUGUUGUGUGACACAGAAUGACCUACUGGCUAAUCCACUUACAAUUUUGAGAAUCAACCUAAAACAGAAAAGAUAGGCAUCUGAAAUUUAGGAUUAUUAGGAUAUAACAACAUUUGGGGAAUUUAUUAGCAUUAACCCUCUAAGUUGAAAUGCCUUUUUCUGACCAUUAAAAAGUCAGUAAUAGAGAAGAAAAAGGAAUCAUAAGCAAAAGGUGAGAUUUAACUAAUAUCUCAUGUAGAGAAGCUAUUUUUCUCUUGACUAGAACAAUUGAAUGACAUGAUAUACACCUUUUAAAUUGAUUUGAAAAUUACUGAAGAUGUUCUGAAUUAAUGUACAAGUGGCAUUGCAACAAAGUCAGUAAAAUCCUAAUAACAAGAUCAUGGACUUUAGAGUAAAAAAAAUUAAAUUCUGGGCUGUAUCAUUUAUUGGUUCAAUGAUCUUAUAAGUUAAUUUCUUCAUCUAUAAAAUGGGGAUAAUAUCAUUGGGAGGCGUAAGUGUAAUUUAGCACAGUGCUUGAAUAUUUCUAUAUUUGGUGGAGCUUUUCAUUAUAGCUCUCCCUUUCUGGUCAUGCUAAGGAAAUGACAUCUGCCAUGGCAUCAGUUACCUUAUGUAGCAAAGAAUAUUCUUUGGCUGUUUAUUUUUAGUCAGACCAUUUCAUUAAUAGUUAUUUUAGUCUUCAAAAUAUUUGAGAGAACUCAUGAGAUAGGUAAAACGGAAGAGUGUAGUACCUUUGAAAUGAUAUUAAUGCCAUAUGCAUUCCAUCCCUUUAAAGCCCUAUGGUCACUGUAUUAUAAUUAUUGAAUUAACUGUACAAUUCUAUGAUUCUUCAACUUGACUAUUGUCUCCCUACUACCUGAAGAAAAAAAAAAUCCAUCAAGAAUAAAGAUCAACUAUUCAUAGUUUUUUUUCCAUAAUAAAGACCCUAGGAAGAUCUCCUGUAAGUAGCUUGAAAUAUAAAACUAUGAAACAUCUUCUCUAACAACAGCUGUUGUUUCUCAUUCUUUUUUGGCCUAAGGUCACAUAAUUGUUGGAAAUAACUGGUUACUCUAAGUAGUGUUACUUCUUGCUGUGGUACUGGGGGAAAUUUAAGCUGCUCUGGGAUUUCUUUGCCCCUGGCUGGGAUCCCCAGUUGCUGUACAAAGUGAUUGAGCUUGAUAGAGUCUGCAACUGUGCCCCUGGGAAGGGAGCUCUUGGAGGCAGCUGUGGAAUGUCUGGUGCUUCUUUCUUCCCCAGUGUAACCCAGAGCCACUUCAACAUCUGCACAAUUCAGCGAGUUUGUCAAGUCUGAGCCAGCCGCUACAGAGGGGAUUUUUUGUAGGGAAGCCCCUAAAGUUAUUUCACAGUUAAGAGUUUUUGUUUAUUUAAGUAUCUACAACUAGGAAAGUAACUUUUUUUAAUUAAAAAAAAAAUUCUUUCUGGAUAAGAAUUGAAACUUACUGCUUUCAUUUCUGUGAAGUUUUAAUUUAAUUUUGAGGCGAAGGUGAUAAGAACUGUAAAAAUAGAAAAGCAUGGAGCCCAUGGACAAACUUUUGAUAUUUUUCCAGUUCUGUACAAAGAUCUAUGUAUCUGUGAAGUCUCACUGGUUCAGUUCCCAGAAUUAAAUACUACUACCAUUCCAACACAAUUUUCUGUCAAUUUCAUAUUAUUGAAAACUUAUCCUCUUAGUUGAAAGAGGAGGCCUAGAUGUAUUGGAAGAAAAAUCUAAGCAGUCAACAUGCUACUUUAAAUGAUAAAGCUCUUUUUCUGGGAAAGUCAAAUCUUACUUUAAUAAGUGUAUUUUUAAAAAAAUGAAGUAAACCUUCAGUGUUUAAGUCUCAAGAGUAAGAAGAAGAAAACAUUGUUUAAAAAAUUGUAUUGCAAAAUAUCCCUUGAAAAAUGUCUAUAAUUCCAUGGGAGUGUAAAUAGUUUCAUUGUAAUUGUUUUCCAGUUAGAAUAUUCUAACUUUAUUACAGCACCUUCACUUUAAUUUCUUGUUCAUUAAUUUUUAACUAACUUCAUAAAAGAAUAAAAAUAAAUUCUGGAUUUCUUUGUGCUUAGGGAAUUUA